GCAGGCUCCGCCUCAGGUCACGUCGCGGGACUUUUUAAAGAGCUGGCUAGAGCAUCAGCUGUCGCCUCAUAUGCUGCCACAGAGCCACGAGCAACAACUGCCUGCCUCUCAGACUCUCUCCUUCCAGAACCAUGGAUGCUGAUAAGCAACACUGCUGCCAUGGAAGAUUUAUUUGGGGUGCCAUCAAGAUCUCGUUUGUUUGGUUCUUCUGGAUUUCUGGCAAAGAGAGAUUAUAAUCAGUCAGAUGCAUCACAGACUACAAGGCUGCCUUUUCCUGAACCAGCUUCUCCUGAACGGGGCUGUGCUGUAACAGGGGUUAGUGUUGGUGUUGAUACAGAACUGGAUUUGUUGGACUUUGAUAAGUCAAAGCCCAGUUCCCACAAAUUACAGCAUUCUUAUAGGUUGGAGACGGACGAAGCUGUUCUACAGAGGCGGCAAAAGCAACUAGACUAUGGCAAGAACACAGUUGGCUACAGAAGAUAUCGUCAACAGGUACCCAAAUCGGAAAGGGAGCCAGGUAUUCACCCUCGUACGCCCAACAAAUAUAGGAAAUAUAGUCGGCGAUCAUGGGACAUGCAGAUUAAACUUUGGAGGCGUGCUCUUCAUGCUUGGGAUCCCCCUGAAGAGCUGUCAUCUGAGUAA